AUGACCGGAGGUGGCGUGCCCGACCGCGAUGACCUCACCGCGUACGCGACUGGCCGUCGACGCAAACAGCAGAAGGACGGCCAGCCGACCGAGGUCGGCGACAUCGUCUAUACCAAGAUCCGCGGCGGGAAGCGCGAAGGCGAGGUCGAGGCGAUCGCGCAGACCCAGGAGGAAGCCGAGCGGGUCUCAGAAGAGCUGGGGACGAGCGUGAAGAACCCGCCGAAGGUCGUGUUCUCUGACCAGCAUGGCCAUCGCGUCGCACAUAACCCGGGGACGCUCACUCAUCUCGAUGGUUCUGGCUGA